AUGCAAAUAAACUCAGAAUUGUUAACAGAGAGACCUUUAAUUCCUUAAAUUAAGAAAUCUGAUUCCCUUAGAAGCCAAAGUUAAUUUAAGUCUUGUCCAGCAUAUUUUAAAACAUUAUAACUUCAAAAAAUAUAAAACAUUAAGUAAAAUUAAGGAAUAGAUCAAUCAUCUAAGGUCAAUCCAUUAAAUGUAUUUGUAAAAAUCAUCAGAUUCAUUACAAUUAUUACUUAAUCAAUAUUUCCAUAGGAUUUUAAAUAUUUAGAUGCUAAUAUGUUUCGUAUUAUUAAUGACAAAGCUUCAGAUUUUAAGUUUUAUGUAAAGAAUGAUUACUUUAAAUAUAUAGUAAUACUUAUUUAAUCUUAGAAAGCAGCCCCAGAUUCAAGGUUAUAACAUUGGAUAUAAAAAACACUAUUCUAGCAAUAUAGUUUAUAAAACUUAAUCGAUUAUUUGUCUAAUAGUAGAUUUUUAUUCAAACCAGAAUAAAAGUUAAUUUUAAUCUGGAAUAUAUAUUUACUAUUUAUGACAAAUUUCAAUUUUUUAUACUGCACAAUAAAAUUUGCAUUUGAUUUUGAAAAUUAUAGACCUGAUAAUUAUAAGGAAGGUGAAGUUUUCUUUUUGAUUAUUCCUUUUUUUAGUUAUUUGAUAGAUAUAUUAGUUAAAUUAAAUAUUUGUUAUUAUGAAGCGGGAUAUUUAGUUACAGAUAGGAAUAAAAUUAUAAAACAUUUUUAUCUUUCUAAAGAUACAUUUAUAGAUAUAUUCUUAAUAAUAAUAUCUUUAGCAUAUUUCUUUGAUAAGAAGAGCAAUAAUAUUUUAUAAUUAUUUAUGGUAAUCAAAAUAUUUGAUGUUCCAAAGAGAGUUGGAUUAAUAUUGGAUAAAUUGGAAUUAACAACAAAUCAUUGGGCAAUUUAUGAUUUAAUUAGAUUAUUGUACUUAAUUGUAUUAGAAGCACAUAUCUUUUGUUGUUUUUUAUAUUUUAUUGGGAAAUAAAAUAAAACUAUUUCAUGGAUAAUUUAAGAGAAUCUUGAAAAUGCUGAUCUUAUUACUAGUUAUGUAUAUAUAUUACAAUUAUAUUAAGAUUACAUCAUUUUACUGGAGUGUUAUUACUAUGACAACCAUAGGCUAUGGAGAUUUUGCUCCAUCAAAUUUGAAUGAAAGAGUCUUAGUAAUCUUUGUAGCAAUUACAUCAUGUUGUACAUUUGGGUAUUUUGUAUCAUCUGUUGGAUAAAUCAUAAAUUCUAUAUAGAAAAAAGAAUAGAAGAUAAGAUUAGAUUUGAAUGAUUUAAAAAAAUAUUUAAGAAUUAGAGGAUUUAAUUAAUAAUUAUAAAUUAAAGUAAGAAGAUAUUUUGAAUAUUUAUGGAAUGAUUGUAUGCGUUAAGAUUAAAUUGAUAUGAUGAAAUUACAAUAAUAAUUGCCAAGUAAUUUAUUUAAUGUAAAUAUGAUUAUUAAUUUAUUAGGAGAUGAUUUUAGAUUUAAAUAUGAAAAGUAUAUCAAAGAUUCCAUUCUUUAAUGAAAAUUUUAGUUCAGAUUUUCUUUAAUCAUUGGCUGGGGAUUUUGAAGAGGAACGUUUAACUCCUUGGUAAAGUAUAUUUACUAAAGGUGAGUAAAGUCGAUAUUUAUAUAUUUUAUGUGAAGGAGAAGUUGAAUAUUAUGUUUAAUUGCCUGAAGGAUCAUCAAAUUCAAUUUCUAUAUAGAAAAUUGAUGGUUAAGAUGAAAUAUUUGGAUAAUAAGAUUUCUUGCUUGAUUAACAUCAUUCAAUUAAUUGUCGAACAACUAAGUUAACUAGAAUAUUAAAGAUUAGUAGAGAGAAUUUCUAAUAAAUUGCCAAAAAAUAUGGAUAUGUAAUAUAUAUUGUAUAUAUUAGGAAAAAUAUUGUUAAUUGAAAGAUUUGGUAAAAUUUUCAGGAAGAUUUGAUGAAUUUCAUAUAUAAUGUAUUGGAUGCAGCAAAUCUACACAUUUAUUAUAUAAUUGUCCUAUGUUAAGUGGUUUUCCAAGUAAGACGAAAACAUUAAUAAAGUAUAAAAAAAGAUUUUGUUAAGAAAGAAGAUUUAUAUAAAGAAAUAAUAAUUAUAAACGUAUAUCAACAUUAAGUUUUGAAAAUAAAAUUGCUGAUAGUGUAUUAUACUAUCUAUUAAGAGAUCCUAAAAUGUAUGAACAAUUAAGUAAUUAAAUUAAUCGAACAACUCCAAUAAAUUAAAAUGGAAUUAGAUUGAAAUCUAAAAAAAAAUUAUCAAUUUAACCUAAAAGAGGAGUACCUGUAUUUUUAAGUUAAGAAUUUUCUAGAUCACUUGAGGCUAAUUACGAAAAAAGCUUAGGUACAUAAUUUAGUAAAGAAUAAUAAAAUUUAUUAAAGAAAAUAACUUAACAUGAUUAAGAAUUAUCAAAAGAUGAUAGUUUCAAAAUAUCUAAAGGAUUAAAUAAAUAAUUUAUAACUAAAAGUACUUAAAGUAUGACUAUGUUGAAAAGUUAAGAUGCAAUAGAAGAGGAUGAAUAAGAAACAGAAACCCUUGAAAUUAAUCCUAUUUGGAUUGAACAAUAAAGUAAAUUUAUGUUUAAUAACAAAAGAUCAAAAUGAAAAUAUGGGAAGAUACAAGGACAUUUUUGAAUGUUUUGAUUAAUAAAGAGAUUAUGAUUAAUACAUGCCUCAUAUGAAUUUUAGAGAAAUACAAAAUCAUCUUUAAAGUAAUAAUGAUUAAGAUAGUUUUCAUAAUUUCAUAGAUGCAAAUAUUGUAAGGAGAAAAUGGAAAAAAUCAAAAAUUGUUAUAGUCUUAGAAUCUUGA